CCAUCGUAUCUUGUUAUCUUUACUUUCCCUGUCGCUUUCUUAGACUCAUUUAUUCACAUUUUAAAUUAUUGAUCAAAAGAUAUUGAGAUGUGCUGCAAUGUGAGCCGCCAGUACUGCUGCGUCUUUAUCGGAGUGGUGGCGAUUGUUGCGGGACUAGCGGAUUCAGGAUAUAAGUACUACCAACUAGCCACACUUGGUGUAGAGAAGUUGACCUUGACAAUGGUGGUAACCUGGAACCUCAUCAUCAUGGCAGCAGUACUUCUGAUUGUAGGCGCAUUAAAGAAAAUCCGAUUUCUCUUGCUGAUCUGGAUAGUAGUUUCACUGAUUGGCGGCGUUGUUCUGGUCAUUGUAAAAAUAGUGGUUUAUGCUUGCUAUUUUUCCAAUAAUCCUGAUUUAGCCUAUCACAUUUUUGGCGCCAGUUCCAUAAUAUUGUUCAUAUUAUUGAUAUUUUUGUUUGUGUACUUCCCUUACGCCUAUAGGCGUGACCUGGAAGAAGAGCAAUACGAAUAAAUUUUGGUAGAUCAGAAAUAACAUUUUUCGAAACCAAUGUGGUGGCAAUUUUUGUAGGAUGUUUGGAAAUAGGAUUCCAGUGCAGCGAUCUAGCUGCUGUGAAUUGGAGUACCGAGGAUUAUUGGAAUCGCUGGAAGAUAGCGGCAGUUGU